GUGAUGCCCCUUAGUAGUACUGCUGAGCUGCGGGCAGGCACAGACUCGGACUCCCACUGCUGCUCACUGCGCUCCCGUAACCCAAGGGCACCAAGGAGACAGCUACUAACACUGCGUGAGCUAUUGCCCGGGACCCUGCACCCCUGCACCGGGAUCCCUUUCUUUGGGAAUAAUCCUACGUAUGCUUGUGGGUCCCACACAUAAGCUCUCCCAGGAAUGGUGGAUCAUUUGGUUUCUACAGAUGAACGCUUCACAAUUGCUCCAUCUACCAUUGGUUAUUCUGAAAUGCUGAUGGGUAGAAGGAUAUAUCAAAUGUUGCCCUCUCCUACAUCAGAGGAUGAUAGUGAUUCGUCGAGUUUCCGCUCAUGCUCAAGUCCUGACUCACAAGUACUCAGCUCCAGCUAUGGUAGCGCAUGUAGUGCAGAGAGUCAGGACAACAUCUUAGACUACCUUCUAUCCCAAACAUCACUGGGCAAUGCUUCUUUAUCGUGGUGGGAUAAAAGAAGACAGCAGCCAGUGGUUAAAGAGGAAUUUCUUAAGGUUCCAGAGUUUGGCGUGGACAUGGAGGAAACAACAUUUUUUCAUCCCACUCUGGAUGAGAUUGAGGAGUUUCUAGAGGAGAACAUGAAAACCGACUUUAAAGAUGAAGAUCGACAUGAUGCAAAGGAGCUGAGGACCUGUGGCCAGUUGUUUUCUGAUCCCCAUGCAGUUAACAGCUCCAUGAAGGAGGAUAUAAAUGGAGAGACAAUCCUUUCAGUGCCAGAAGAUGAAAACACAAAAGGCUCUGAUGCUGUAUCUGUUGAGGGUGGAAUCCCUGUCAUUCUUCAGAUCCAACCCAUUGAGAUCAAGCAAGAGUCCAACACAAACCAGUCUUCGCAGUUUCCAGAAAACAUUAAAGUUGCACAACUUCUGGUCAAUAUUCAAGGUCAGACCUUUGCUCUGGUCCCACAGCUGGUCCAGUCGUCGAACUUAUCCUCCAAGUUUGUCCGCAUAGCCCCUGUGCCUAUCGCUGCUAAACCUGUCGGCCCAGGGGGCGGCAUUCAGGGACAAGCUGGAGUUAUGAUAGGUCAGAAGUUUCAAAAAAAUCCAGCUACGGAACUUAUUAAAAUGCACAAAUGUACUUUUCCGGGAUGUACCAAGAUGUACACCAAAAGUAGCCAUCUCAAAGCCCACCUACGCAGACACACAGGAGAGAAGCCCUUUGCUUGCACGUGGCCUGGAUGUGGGUGGAGGUUUUCCAGAUCGGAUGAGCUCUCUCGACACCGCCGCUCGCAUUCUGGGGUAAAGCCAUACCAGUGUGCCGUUUGCGAAAAGAAAUUUGCUCGCAGUGACCACCUUUCCAAACACAUCAAGGUGCACAGAUUUCCCAGGAGCAGCCGUUCGACGCGGUUAUCAAACUGACCCUUCGCUCCCCAAGGCCCAACCCAGAACACAUAAUCAUUGUAUAGAUCUUGCGAAUCCCAAGCACUUUGUUUCCAUCUUCCUGCUAUAACUUAUUCAACGCGCAACAGGGCGUUGGUUCGACUGGACAGCAGUUGUGAAUGUGAUCCGAACUCUUACUAUUUAACAAGGUUAUGAAUGAAGCGUAUGCUCCAGGACAAAGCAGGAUUUUGGAUAAUAAAUGUAUAUGCGCUCUGCUACCAUGGUGUAUCACAAUGCAAUACUCUAAGCAAAGAAAGGUUGAUAUAGUAGGGGAUGAUUCACUGUAUAAAUAUGGGUCUCCCUGUUGUACAUCGUAGAGUUUCAUUGCUACUGUUAGUUCCAAAGAGCGAGUUUGGUUGACAACUAUUCCUCUUGGUUGGUAUGUUAGUAUGACCAGAUCAUUUUGUUCCCGGGCAAUAAUCAGGGUUCUUAAAGGGAUACAAUGUACAAGUAGCUCUUCAGCAGCAAUGUCAAGGUUACAGACUUCUGUUGGUUUCAUCUAUAUCUCCUGGCAACCAUUGCCUUAAGAUGUUCUCUUCUUAGCAUCCUAUAACUUUUAGAGAUUUAAACAUUUGAUGGAAAUUCUCUUUACCCCGAGAUGGGGAAAAUGGUUAGAAAUAUGUUAAAUAAAAAAAAAAAACCUGAUUGUUAGGGGUUUUCCAAGAUAGUAAAUACGUUUUUACCCCCAAAUUUCUUCUUAUAGCCCAAGAGUUGGGAACCACUGCACUCGAGCAAAGAAAGUUAUAAUGUUACAUGCAAAUCUGUGAAUGUUACUUCAAACUCUUUGCUAAGUUAGUAGACCAGACAGAAGUGUUAGAAGAUCUUACAGAUAUCAUUACUGGAUCAUCACUGAUGAUCUUGAGUUUUUAUGGUAGAACUAAACCCUGAGAAAAACCCAAGCCCCUUCCAAAGGACUCUCUUUUGAACCACACCACUGGAGACUCAGAACACAGCAGCUAUUGCUUUUCCUGGCUCAAGUAGAGCAGAACAGUAGGGUUGGCAAGCUCUAUCUCUACGCCACUUUGAGUCCUCUUCACUGUGAUUGCCAACUCAAAGCAAAGCUGAAGCACGGCCCAUUCAGAGUGGCUUCAACUGCAUAUGCUCCUGUUGGAAGAACACAGUAAAGAGGAGCCGCAGCAGCACCAGCCAAUCCAUUUGUGUUACUCUAUUUUUUUUAACCGGGGAAAGGCAUAGCUGCUAUUUUAUGAAUACCCAGUGGCUAAGGAGGAGGGUGGCCUCUGGAAGGGGCCUUUACUUUUAAAUUGGCAGAAAUAUUUUCAACAUCACUAUUGCACUUCAAUUUUGUAAGUAUCAAUAAAUCUUGUGCUGUAGGCUAUAGAGGUGCUGCUCCCUUCAUCUAUUUGAAUCUAAAUACCAAAAAUGAUGACUGUCUCUUUGAGAUCCAGUGUUAGCCAAACAUAUCUAUGGGUCUGAAUUUAGAUUCUGUGAUUUGCUCACAGUCUGCGUUUUUAACAAGAAGUUUAUAGGUGGUGCUCUUCAUGUUUAGUUGCAUUUUGUUGCUUACACUUGUUUCAUUUUUAAAUGUGACCUACAUAAUAGCGGGCGAGUCUGUUGCUAGUGACAUACCUACUGGUUGCCUUUGACAUAUCUGCAUAGUCUGCUUGGCUAUUCAAGCCCUAUGGGCAUAUCGCAGCUUUUGUACAGCCAGCUAGCAGUAUGCCGCCAUUAAAUACAUCCAGUGGGGUAAAUCUUAUUUUUGAAAAAUAAAUAGAAAGAAAAUCAAGGAUAAAAUGGGACCCUAUGAUGUUUUAAAAUAGGGACAGAUGGGCCAAGUGUCCAGUCUCAAAGUUGUAUUCUUCUGUAGUCGGAUUACUUGAGUGGUUUGUUAUUUGAUGAUGUAUAAGACAAGCCAGACACAGAUAUGGAUGUUUCCUAUGAGUAAACUUGUGUAUCCUCAUAUAUCUAGUAGUUGUACAAAAGGGAACGGCAAUGGGCCAGUCAUUUUCAGCAGUGUUUAGUCUCAGUAAACUGGGGAUCUGUCAGCCAGCUUCAGAACAAGGCUCACUACAGAUGCAGCUCUUAAGAAAGUUUGGUCAAACUGCUCAAAGACAUUCAUCUCUUUAUACAUGACUAAAUGGUGCUAUUAUACAGUAAGUGCUUUAAAACAAGCUGCUGUUAAAUGGUGAGCUUAACACAACAGGCUUACAUAGUAACAGGAGUUAAGGUUAUCCUACCAUUCAACUGCAACAACCAAUGAAAUGUUUACUUCAGUAUAUUAAGGUAGAUCGGUACAAGGUAACUGCUGGUUGGUUUCUGUGGGUUACUAGACCACAAAAAACUUCUGUUACUGUAAAAUCUUCCAGGUAGCAUGUAAUAUAAAAUGUUUGCCAGCUUCUCAGGCCUGUUGAUUCUAGUAGCCAUUUCCUCUGAUCCUCUGCUUGCCUUUCUGCCGAUCAUUUCUUUUUCGGCUGUAAAACUCCACGUGCAGAUGAGUGAGUUCAUACUUUGUUGACAUUUUUACCGUUCCGUAUACGUCCUGGUCAACCAAGCAUGGGCUUCAUCUUUUAGAAAUGAAGUUCAGGAAUAGAAAUAAUUUGUGGGGGUAUAGGUGGGCAUGUUGUACCCUUCUCGUUGUAAGACUAACUAUCCAAUCUACUCCCUAGUACUGACCUUUCACUGCUACUUUUCGUAAGAAAAAACUAAAGAUGAGUGUUUGAAUCUUUAUGGCUCCUUAUUUUAGGCAAGCACGCCCACACUGUGACCUUUUGGCUGUAGUUGCCCUUCCGAUUCUAGCAUCCCGUACUGACAGUUACAGUAUAAGAUGUCCUGAGGUUGGGUAUUUCUGUUCUAGACGAUCAGUCUGCAAUUGAGAAAUGAUUCUGUGAAUAA